AUGGAACUGAAUUCUUACUUUCAUACCACGAACCUUGAAGAGGAUUUGACGGGCUCUCCCAUUGAUAGCAUUGGUAUUAGUCAUACUAGUAUUUUAAAGCAUACAGAAAAGGAAGAAAGUGCAUCAUUAGUAACAGUUUCACAAUCGAUACAUCGCGAUGAGUCGCCACUAUUACCGCUGCCCCCGCUGCCGCCAAUGGAAUCCUUCAGGAAUGACAAAAGUAACAUUAGAGAAUCCUUCAGGAAUGACAAAAGUAACAUUAGAGAAUCCUUCAGGAAUGACAAAAGUAACAUUAGAGAAUCCUUCAGGAGUGACAACAGUAACAUUAGAGAAUCCUUCAGGAAUGACAAUAGUAACAUUAGAGAAGAAGUUUCUUUCGGAGCUUUGAGGAGCAAUAGCUAUCAGAUUUCUCCACUACACUCAAGCCAGUCGAAAUUUGCAAGUCCAAUGUACCAAAGCACCGUUAAGAAUACUCCUGAUGACAGGAUACAAUAUCGGCAAUCCUCAAACGAAAGAGAUCCUUUUAUUAAUACUUUUACACCGGUGAACAAGAGCCAGAAACUACAUUCUGAAACGGUUAAAGAAAACGACUUUAUGAACAACGUUUUGGAUGUAGAGGCUCUCAUAAAUGAAAAUAAAACGUUGAAAAAUCAAUUGGGUGAGAUGGGAGUCAGAUUAAAAGAAUUGGAGCUGAAAUUUAGGGAGAAUGACAAUUUUUUAAAGUUGGAUCAAAGCACUUUUUUGCAAAUACUUUCGGUAUUGAAACCGAAUUCAAAAGAGGAAAAUAAUUCCAAUAGACAUUGGGAAGUCAAGGGAACUGAUAGUUGUUCAUUUUCAUCCAAUAGACAUUGUGACGUCAAGAGAACAGAUUCCCCAGGGCCAAGUCAUCAACAAAAGUCACCAAAUCGACUAAGGUCUGAUGAAGAGAUGAAAACGACAUUGGAAGGUAAUGCAACUCAGAAGGCGACGUGUAUGGAAAAUACUCAAGCUGUGGUUAAUUACAAUACUACUCUACCACUAUCUCCGGAAUCGACAAAGUCCAAUCAAAAUUCGUCACGAGAAGAGGAAAAAGAAGGAGGAGGAGAAGAAGAAAAAGAAGGAGGAGGAAGAGGAAGAGGAAGAGGAGAAGGAGGAGAAAAAAAAGAACAUGAACAACAAGAACAACAAGAAGAAAAAGUAGUAGUACAAGAACAACAAGAAGAAAAAGUAGUAGUAGAAGAAGAACAAGAACAAGAAUUAAAAGUAGAAGAAAAAGUAAUAGUAGAAGAAGAACAAGAACAAGAAUUAGAAGUAGAAGAGAAAGACAACCGUGCUGUUCAUAAGGAUACGGUAGCUAAUAAGUUAUUUUCCAAACCUACUCGUAUGUUUCCCCAAUGGUCCAACCUGCGAUUCAAAUUUGGAUUAAAUGGGCCACUGAUAACAGCAUCUCAAUUGGCAAGAGUAGAUGAAUUGGAUAUUGAAGAUUUGAAAUAUUGCAUCAAGCAUACAAUGUGUUGCUUCACGAUUGACUUGACAGAAAGGUAUGACUCUGACAUCAAUCGCUAUGCCUAUUUUAUCAACAUUGUUUCAAAAUUUUUGAAACAUUUACACAAGGAAUUAUAUAAUGGACAAAAUUUAAAAUGUUCUGAUCAUUUCAAGGGCAAAGUAUUGAAUGCCAAUGGAGAAGUUGAUGAGAGAAUGGUUCUAUUACAAGAAUGUCUCAAUGGGAUGUUGGAAAAUGUCAAAAGAAUAAGGGAUAAAAAAAUUGGAAAAUUAAAUUGA